AUGAGUGGCUAUAUAAUGGGUGAAACUGGGAGCUGGGGCUAGAGUUAGACAGGAGUUCUGAGUUACAGGGUUAGACACAACGAAACGCCCGACACAGCAACGAUGCAUAAACUGAUACUCUGCUGUCUCAUUAUUGUCAGCAUCUCCUGUCCUCUCUUGUCUCUCCCCAUCAUCAAUGCCAGUGAGAUGUCUUAUCAACACUCAGCUGAUGAAGAGCCAAGGUUAAACCUGGAGAGGCUGGGCAGCCUUGGAAGCACCUCCCUGCUCCAGUUCCUGCCAGAGCUCCUGGGCACACUGACUGAGGACAACAAAGCAGGUCUUACCCCCAGCAACUAUAACCCAGGGGAAAAUAUCAAAGAGACUUUCUAUGGGAAUCAUCCUCGAAUUGCUUUGCUGGGACGCUUCUUGACCAAGGACAGGAAACAGUACAAGAAACGUGGGAAUCUUUCUGAGUGCUUCUGGAAAUAUUGUGUGUAA